UUAAACAAGGACCUUUGAAUUGUAUGAGCAGCAUGGAGGUCAUUUUCCUAAUCUUUGUUUUACAUCUGGGAGGGUUAUGUUGCAUUGAGGCUAAUCCUCUUACAGUAACAGGAGUGGUAGGAGAGCAGGUCACUUUCACAUGCUCUCACUCCUUUGCAUCUUCUAAUACAAAAUACUUCUGCAAGGAAACAUGUGAGCAUGAAGAUGUCCUGAUAAGAAGUGAAACGAAGCCUGCCUUUUCAAAGGGCAGAUACAGGAUUUGGGACGGAGGAAACACAUUCAACGUGACCAUUACUGACCUCAAAGUGACCGACACGGGGAUGUACAGGUGUGCGAUAGACAGACUUGGCUUGGAUACAUACACUGCAGUCCGUCUCAUAGUCACACACGGACACAAAAGGAAUCCUGAAGAUAAAAUAAUACAGUCUAGUUCACCUGAAGCAGAGAUUACAAAUACCUCAUCCUCUAAUAAGCUGGUGUACACUGGUGCAAGUCUUGGUGUAGCUGUGUUGGCGCUGGCAUUCGUCCUUCUGGUAUUCAUCAGAAAACGAAACAGGCGAAACACCACUGCAUUUUCUGUGAAGAACCAGAAGACUGUCUAUGCCAUGUCCAAUCAGCACCGAGACGUACACUGUGACAUCACCACCUAUGAUAAUCUACCAGCAGGAAGCAGGAGCAACACUUCAUCCGCUGUUCAACACCAAGUUACAAGCAGAGACGCAGACAAUAUUUACUCCAACGUGGCCGAAUCUACCCCAGACAGCCUCGUCUACUCCACUGUGACCUUUAACACAGAAACAGAUCACGGCUCUCUUAUGCCACGCAAGGAAUCAGUCAUGUACGCUACCAUUACCUACAAUGACUCGAGAGGAAGUGAUGAUGAAACCAAGGCUUAUGAUUCUCACUCCGUUUGAUGACACAACUGUUCCCUCAACAUCAUCUCUCAUUUCCACUUGACUGACACCAUAACUAUCAGCAAAGUAA